AUCAAUGAGCUACUACACCAAAUACAACCAGCUCCUACUCAAGAGACCAUUGGUCACCAACAUGGUCACCACCGGGAUCCUCUUUGGCUCGGGAGACUUUCUUGCCCAGCGACUUUUCUCCCAAAACAAUAAAAAAUACGACUAUCCCAGAACUCUUCGUGCCAUCGCCUACGGAGGAAUAUUAUUUGCACCACUAGGUGACAAAUGGUACAAGCUAUUGAACCGGUUGACGGUGCCCAAAUCACUUCUGUGGUCGGACAAAACCCACAACCGCGUCAACACCCUCCUUCGGGUGGGGGUGGAUCAACUUGGCUUUGCUCCAUUAAUAGCCAUCCCCAUGUAUUAUUCAGCAAUGACGGUUUUGGAGAGGUCGCCCGAUCCUGUCAAUGACAUUUCUGCCAAGCUACGUGAGCACUGGUUGCCCACAUUAAAGACCAACUGGUUGGUGUGGCCUGCUUUUCAGACUCUCAACUUUUAUUUGGUACCUGUCCAACUACGAUUAUUGUCGGUAAACUUGAUUAGCAUUGUGUGGAACUGCUACUUGAGUUACGUAUUAAACGACCAGAAACUGCACCUUUUACACGUGAGUGAAGAAGAAGUCAUGGUAUAAUCGAUAGAUAAUAGUUUAGGUACAUAUAAUUUUCUAUAGACAGUUUACCACUUUGCAUGC